CCCCCCCCCUUCUUGUGGGUGCGUGCGGGCCCCGCUCCCCGCUCCGGGACCCCCCGCCGGCGCCGGGGGGGGCCCCACCCCGGCGCUGCAGCGCCCCGGCUCGGCGCUCCCAAGGGGCGGCAGGAGGACCCGCCAUCGGGGAGCCCGGCACCCGCCCGCACCAUGCCCAGAGCCUUCCUGGUGAAGAGGCGAAGCCCGCAGCCGGCCAGCCGCAGCUGGGACGAGCUGCCGGACGAGGAGCGAGCCGACACCUACAUCCCAGGAGGGAUAAGCUGCGUGCUGCUGAACUACCGCAUUGAAGACAGCUGCAGCUUGGAGAGCAAUGGCAGCAGCGCCACCAGCACGAGGGAGGCUGAGCGGAGUGAUCCCCCGACUCCUCAGCCAGCAGCCAAGACCGGGAACGCAGAGGGGACCCUUCUGGACUUGGCCAUGAAGCGCCCAGUGGUCAGAUCGAAAAUCAAGUUCACGACUGGCACCUGCGACGAUGCAGCGCUGCACAAUUGUGAGCUAUGUGGCAAAGGCUUUCGUUUGCAGAGGAUGCUCAACCGUCAUGUGAAGUGUCACAGCCAAGUAAAGAGACAUCUGUGCACCUUCUGUGGCAAAGGGUUCAAUGACACCUUUGAUCUGAAGAGACACGUGAGGACCCAUACAGGAAUUCGUCCUUACAAAUGUGAGAUCUGCAACAAGGCAUUUACCCAGCGAUGUUCUCUGGAAUCCCACCUUAAAAAGAUCCAUGGGGUGCAGCAGCAAUAUGCGUACAAACAGCGGCGCGAUAAACUUUACGUCUGCGAAGAUUGUGGCUACACGGGCCCAACACAAGAGGACUUGUAUCUGCAUGUCAAUAACGCUCACCCCGGGAGUGCUUUCCUCAAGAAAACUUCUAAAAAGCUGGCAGCAGUCUUACAGAAUAAACUGACCUCUGUCCUGCAGAGGAACCCUGAAGAUGAUGAGGAAGAUGAGUAACACAGUGGAUUACAGUGGUCACAUGCAAUGAAGUUUACAUGUCGGGUAUUUUUUCAAACAGCUUUGAAAGGGAUCCGUGUAAUAGCAGGCAUCUUGUACUUUUGGUGAUGACAGGCUGUGGAUGAUACAGCCUCGACGUGAAAGAAAUGUUCUCAGCUUAAUGCAAAUAUAAGGCUUUUUAAAACAUGAGAAUAAAAGGGAAAAUUUUGGAGCCAGCAUUGCCUGUGGAUAGAGCCCUGCACUGGUACUCGGGAGACUCCACGUCAGUUCCCAGCUAUGGCACUGGCCUGCUGUGUAACCUUGGGCAAGUCACUUAACCUUUCCAUGACUCAGUUUUCCCAACUGUAUAAUAGGGAUAAUGACACUGAUCAGUUUUGUAAGGUGCUUUGAGAUCUGUAAGUAAAAAGUGCUAGAUAAGAGCUAGGUAUCAUUAAUAUUAUCCCCAUGAGAAUCUACAGUAAAAUGAAGUUAAGGAUGAGAAUAUGUAUCAUAAGGUAAGAAAUGCACAGUCAAUAUACCCAAACAACCUUAACUCUGCCCUGUAGGAUUUGUAAUCCCAGGUUAGAAAAAAAUGAAUUUUAAACACAUUAGAUUUUAUUUCAUAUCAAUCCCACCCCCACCCCCCACACACUCCCAACUUGGCAUGACUCUAGGGCAGAGUUAAGGUUUUUGGAUGCCUUGACUGUGCAUUUCUUACCCUAACAUGUUUGGAUUUCUUUUGAGUGUAACCUUAACUCUGAAUUGCCUGGUUUUGUAAUGCUUUGUUUUGAGAUCACUAUCACAUCCCUGUAGCAGUUGUUUAAUAGCAGUUGUUUAAUCCUUUAAUUACUGAGACACCUUUUCAACCUUAACUCCAUCUUAUUAUAUAUUUUUUAUCUGGGAAUUUCCCUAGUUCUAAACAAUUUUCAUAGAUGAACACUAAAUAAGAAACCCAAAGAGAAUGCUACUAGAUAUUUCUAAGGAUUUGAAGAAACACGGCACCAACCUUCAAUCAUUUAAAAAAAAAAAAUUAAACUUCCAAGCGUGGAUUCUCUGGGAUACCAAAGGAAUGCAAAGCAGCCAGAGGACACUAGCCAGUUCACCAGAGUAGCACAAAUCAACCAAUGCUUACUGGUGAAUCUGGCCCUUGGUUUACCAUUGACUUAUUGGUUUAGAAGGCUGUGUUAGUGAGACCACCACUUUGCUGUGUGGUGGGAGCAGGGAGAGAAAAACCGCAGGCCCAGAGUCCCAAUGUCUCUGCUUCCCCUUCACUCCCGCUCUGGUUUCUUUUGGCGAUGCUGGCUCAGUGCUCAAUGAAGCCAAGCAGCGGUGCCAUUGAGGAGCCUUACAAACACUGAUGCCCAAACGAGUGUGCAGCCGCCGAAAGGAACCUUUGAAGAGCAGUGCCAGCUGGGCCAAGCUAUCCAUCAGUGAGAACUCCUGGCAUGUGUCCAGUCUGCCUUGGUACCACUGGGACAUUACAGUCAAUAGGACCACGGCUUGCAAGUUAGCUGGCCAGGAAGGCUGACGCUUGGUGCUCUACUCUGCUAAGAUCACUCAGGACAGAGAAAAGACUCAUGCCAACACUAAUUUCUUAAAGGACCCAGUUUGAGUAUAUAAACCAAUGAAUGAAUUUACUUGUAAAUUAGCCGAAAACUCAUUCUGUACUCGAAGAGUGAGUGCUGGACAUUUAGGGAGGGGACUCACUUGUUUUGUAUACAGAACGGAGGUUGCAUCCCUGCUGUUAUGCAAAAUGGAACUCAGUCUGAACUAUGGAACUGAACUCAUCAGCACCUCCAUGGUUAAUAUAUGAAAAUAAUGUCAGAUUCUGAUUGUGUCUGUAAAAAUUAAAUUUUCUUUGAUUGCCUCAGUCCUUGUACAGACAUCUGCAAGGGCUUUGGAGGGGGAAAAAAAGCUUUUGGGUGUUCUUAAGCAUUUCUAAUGAAGCAACUAUUUUAUGCAACAAGAUCGAGGGUGCUUGGGGCCUUGAAAGCAUCUUAAUAAAGUGAAGCUUUGAUGUAAAGAAUAAGAAACUUACUGUCCUAUGUAACAGGAAAGCUUGCGAGGAUAUUUUCAUAAACACAAUUCCAUGUAUAAAGUGUCGAGAUGAAUGACAGAAUAUUCACUUAGUGACAUUUUGGCUACAUAUUAUAUUUUGACUCUUAGUUGUUCCCUGGUCAUGACUGUUUUAUGCUUCAGAGAUGAAAGCCGGCUUGAGUUCUUAGCUAAGGCUAGGACCUGCACGAAACAGCAUCUAAAAUAAAGACUAUUAUUUUCUAAUAAGGUUUGCCUCUCUGCAAGCACACUGAUACGCGAAAUCGGAUAGCGUAAGAUUGUAAAGUUUACGUUUGAUCAGGUGGG